AUGACCCUCAACGAAGAUGAAUACUAUGUCCAUCGCAUUGCCGGGAGAAAAGUGGAACGAAAGAAGAUCUAUUAUCUGAUUGAAUGGGAUGGUUACGAGUUGGAGGCCAACACCUGGGAGAGUGAAAAGAACCUGCUUGGCAACACGGAGCUCGUCAAGGAGUUUGAGACCUCACUUUUAAAGGAGAAUUCAAGCAUCCCUGAUAUCCUCACCAGCACACGCAAAGUUCUCUUGCAAAAUACCCUCGAUCCUGAUAUCCAACAACCAGUUACUAUUGCUUCCAACAACAAACGCAAGGCACCAUCCAGCGAUAAAGAAUACCUUGAUAAUCUGCCUUCAAAGCUUGUACAGGAAUGGUCCAAAAUUGUGAAACGCAGCUCACGGAAGGAUGCUGUUCGUUUUCUGGAAAACCUUGAUCAAUCGUUGAGUCGAGCUCAGGGUUUGAUACGACCCUUAUUGCGUGAUCGCAAUGAUACCCAAUUCUUCAAAGGCGUUGUUCCAUCCGUCACCGUCGUCAACAAUGUGGAUAGUGAACCAUUUCCUUCAUCCUUCAAGUAUAUCAAUUCGCUGGUGUAUUCCAAAGACGUGAAUCCGCCCGAUCCAGCCUUCCUUAUUCGAUGCGAUUGCACAGGUGUAUGCACCGCAACAUGCCAUGAAGAUUCUCAAAUGUAUGCUCCUGAUGGUACGCUUCUUGUCCAACAAGGCAGCCCUAUCUAUGAAUGCAACAGUGCCUGUGCAUGUGCAAAGGAAUGCCAAAACCGAAUAGUACAGCGUGGCCGCACCGUACCAUUGCAGAUCUUCAAAACCAAGCUCAAGGGAUGGGGUGUCAAGGCGAUGGAUAAUAUCAAGCGUGGUCAAUUUGUGGAGGAGUAUCUCGGUGAAGUGAUCACUGAAGAGGAAGGGGAGCUUCGAGGCAAAUUCUAUGACAAGGUUGGAAUGACCUAUUUAUUCGAUAUGGACUUUGGCGCUGGCGAGGAUCAUUCGGUGGAAUACGUCAUUGAUUCCUUUUUGCUGGGAAACGCAAGCCAUUUCUUCAACCAUUCAUGCGAGCCCAAUCUCAACGUCUAUGCUGUGUACCAUGAUAGUGCAAACCCUGAUUUCCAUCGUCUUGCAUUCUUUGCCAAACGCAACAUCAAAAAAGGAGAGGAGUUGACCAUCGACUACCAAGGCGGUGGUGGAAGCAUGACCGAUUCUACAUCCUCAAAAGGCAAGUUUGCCUGCCAUUGUGAGUCUCCAAAAUGUCGCAAAUGGAUCCACAAAUAG